AUGACCGUGUCCUAUCUACACUCUCCCAGCUUCUCUGCAAACAAUAUCCUCAGCGAAUACAACCCCGCCUCUCCACCCGAGUCUCCCAUCGCUUCCAGCGACUCUUCCUUCUCGCAGCGCGCUUCCUCGCGUGCUUCACGCACCUCCGGUCCAGCUCCGGCUGCUUCGGCCUCAGGAUCCGCCGAUCGCUCGCCAGAAAAGCUCAUCACUUUGGCAUCGGCUCCUGUUGCACUCGACCACUCGACCGAAGCACUUGGCAUUCUCAUCCCCAACGAGCGCAUGGAAGCAGGUCUCAGCUUGAGAAGAAGCCCACUCGUACCUGCCAAAGAAUUCGCUCCCGAAUCGCGAUCUUCCAUCGCUGAAACCGCAGCAGCUCAUUGGAACCAGUCCGUCUUUGUGGACGACGCUGCUGCCGUUGCCAGCACCGUCGAGUCCAACGACUCCCUCUACCAGACAGGCUUUACCGGCGAUAUUGACCUGCACGGCCAGUACGUUUACAGAAGGCCCUACAUCAACCGUGCCUCGUCUCACUCUCGACAACGCAGUCAGCUCAUCCUCGAGCAAAAGUACAAUCGUCACCGCUCCGCUUCCAGUUCCACGCACGACGCAGAGCUUCCCCCAAGAGCCUUCAUAUCGCCUCAACGCACACGUUCCGCAAGGCGUCCAGGAUCCGCUCCACAGCGCAUCUCUGCUUCUCUCAACACUCCGGACUCGGCUCCAGGUCGUCUAGAGUACAUCAACAAGGCCAAUCCUGCAUCGCCAGGCGGACUCAGGGGGCUUUCGACCGAAGCAGCAGCGCAGCCCGCUUCCAAGCGUGCAUCUUGGCUUCGCCGCACCCGUGAUUUCGAGACCCAUAGCGACUCGCUGCACCUGCCGAACUCUUCCGCGCCGGAAUCUGUGGCCCUCGUCUCGGCUUCGACAACUGCUUCACGCAGGCACAGCAGCGUCCUCUCUGGAGACGAUCGAUCAGCUACACUGAUGCCGAUCCUCGCAAGCAACAGCUUCGACGUUCCUGACCAGCAGAACGUCAAACGUCGAAGCUUAAUUACUGGCAAGGCGCGCCCCCCUGUCACUGCAACGUUCCCCGGCGAAUCAUCUGAAACAGCUGACGCACCCUCGUCGCAACGCAAUUCGAUGCUGUCCAACGGCUCCUCUGCCCCCUCGUCUCGAGGCGAGGCGAACGUCGACUUUGACGGCGACGAGCGACAUCAGCAGGCGCACAGCUCUGCUUCGUCAGGUUUCGAGCACGAGGAAGUCCUCGCUACCAAGCCGACAACAGCGCAACCUGCAGGCGGACUCGAAGUGGACUCGAAGAACGCAGAAGUCUUCACCACGCCUCGCAGCAGCUCCGAGCAAGAGAAGCUGGCAGGGUCGGCAGACACUCCAAGCGCAUCCCAGCAGACGAAGGAGGCUUCUUCGCUUGUCGCCACCGAAACGGACGUCGCCGCUCCCCACGAUGCUGCUCCAGCCGAGCACGCGGCGGUGGCCGCUCCCGCCAUCCCGGGCGCCAUGGUGAGCCCACUACAGACCGCCGUCGUACCACCUUCGCCUACCGCACCAGAGCGGACAUCGCCAGAGCAAGAAGUUCUGUCUCCUCUCAGCGAUCCGUCGAAGCCAUCUCAAGGUCUCCUCGCUCGCUCUGAAUCGCCCACCAAGUCGCUAUCCAGCCACUCGCAGAACUCUCUUGACCACCGACGAGGUUCGAGUCCAGGGACUCCGUUCGGUGCGCUUGCUGUUCCCAACGGCAGACCCAACGCGCUGCACACCAGACGCGACAGCUCGAAUUCGGUCGCCUCUGCAGCCAGCUCGUCCUCGACAUACCGCAUUCGACGAAAGGCGGUGCCUUCGGAUCUGGACGAGUCGGAGCGUCGUCAGAGCGUCACCAGCCUCGCCAAUUCCGAAGCCGCAGACGACGCUUCUCGGCGGAAUUCGCUCGCUCCGUCGCUCGCUCCAUCGCUGCCUCCCAAGGAUGACGCUGUGCAUGCCAUCCAGGCCGUUCUCAUCUCGAGCGGGUCGGUGGAGUCCAGGAUGGCCUCCGUAGCGCCUCAAGGUCGGAUUUUGGCGAACGGCGCCCAUCGCCCGAGCACGGCCGUCGCGUCACCAGCAAAGCCGGGUACAUUUGGGCUGGGUGCGAUGCAGCAACAAGAGGCCAGCGUCUCUGCCCGCGACCUAUCCUCCAGCAGCGCAACUGCAGCCGGUGUAGGCAAAUCCGCCGCAGCCCGGACCGCGUCUCGAGCCACGAUCAAACGGCCCACCACCGCUCCCGUCGGAAGCGCUGGCCAGCUGCGUGCGGUCAACGAAGCUCAAAAGGCGGUUCUGGAAGUCGAAGGACAGCAAUUUGUCCUCGGCAAGAACCAAGCAACCAAGGAAACGUCUACUCAGGAGUCCUCGCCGUCGAUCCCCAACGCGGUGCGUUUCUUGCAGCCGAUCAAGGGCGAAAUUGGCAGCAAGUCGGCGAACGAUUCGCCGCUCAAUGGCAACGCGACCUCGGUGAGCAGGCAAGCCUCCAGACGCUUGAAGAACGCCAGCACAGACACGACAGGAGCGAGCGCCAACGGCGGUGCGGUCACUCGGUCUUCUUCUGCUGCCGGCGGCUGGGGCCUCGAGGAAGAGCUCCAGAUCGUCGACAAGGUGCAGAAUGCGACCGUCACCAGCCCAAGCAAGGCGCAGAAGCCGCCGCGUGCGUCCCUCGACAAGAACCGAAAGUCGCUUGAUGCCGCCAGCAAGGCCCAUUUCAAGAACAACGUGCUCAUGAACAUCAUCAACGAGGACGAAUCGGAUGAGGUCAAAGCGGCCGCGCGUGAGGCUGGCAUUCCCGAAGGCUCCUAUGCCAUUCACCCGCCCUCGAUGCUCCAGCUCUUCGAAGCAUCGCAGUGUCUCGUCUACAACGAGGAUGGCCAGGAGGUGCUGUUCGGCGACAUCUACAAGAAGCGCCGCACGCUCGUCUGCUUUUUGCGACAUUGGUGGUGUGGCUUCUGCCAGCAGUUCGCCAUGUCGGUCCGCAAUAUCGACCCUCUGCCGCUCAAGAAGGCCAACUUGGACUUUGUCAUCGUCGGCCAGGGCGACUGGCACGUUAUCAAGGCGUACCGCGAGGUGAUGCAGGUGCAGUACCCGAUGUUUGCCGACCCCAAGCGCAACGUCUAUAGAGCGCUCGGCAUGACGCUUCGCACCAACGACGCCAACCCCGCUUGCGCUCGACCGGACUACGCAAGUAUGGGUAUGACCAAGGGUAUCCUGGUGGCCAUCAAGAAGGGUCUCUUCGACAUGCCCAUCCGCAAUCCAGGCGACAUGAAGCUGCUCGGGGGUGACUUCAUUCUGGGACCUGGUUUGCAGUGUUCCUUCACACAUCGCAUGACGACCGCCGAUGGCCACAUGGAUAUCCCCAGGAUUCUGGCGCAAGCAGGCUGCGACAUGUCCCUCAAGACGCCCAAGCCGCUCUUCAUGCUGGACGAGAAGGCGACCCGCUCUGCUACGCUGGCAGGUGGCAACCAGAACCGUCGACAGACCCGCUCGAUCGGUCGGAGUCGCAGCAAGAAGAAGAACCUCGACGACGUCAACACGAUGGACUCGACCUUUGGCAACACGACUGGCUCGGUGGUGGCAGCAGGGUCCGUGGGACACGCAGGCAACAAUCCGCGCUCCCGCCCUUCCUUGUGGGGCCGCUUCCCCGGCCGCUUCAGCAAGUCGCAGGUGUCGCUGCCAGCGUCGAUGUCGCAGGCCGACGUCAGCACUGACCAGUCGCACGACCGUGGUUUCGCUGCCGAACCUCGAUCCGCAUCCGCCAUGCGUGUUCGCGAGUCCUUCGACACGCAGAACACGGGCAUCGAGUUUGAAUCGCGCGCCACGUCGUUCGAUACCCGCCGCCGUCCCAGCGACGUAGCCGGGCCGGGUGCGUUCGGCUUCGGCACGCUCAAGCAGGCUUCGUCCAUGUCCGAGCUGCGCAAGAGGUUCGAGAUGGGCGGUCUGAGCAGCUUCCGAUCCAAGCUGCGUCAAGACCCGUCCAAGGUGUCGCUCGACGGUCGCCUCGCCGUGCCUGGCAGUGGCAAUAGCAGGCUGCAGCACAACGCGUCCACCAAGUCGCUGCGAGUGGCUGCCCAGGCCAACGGUGUCAAUGAGGCCACCACGCCUACCCAGAAGACCUUCGCGGCUGCCAAGCAGGUCAAUGGUGCUGGUGACAAAGCUGUCCAGCUUGCCCCCAGCGGGCUUACGGUGCCUGCAGCAGCGGUCAAUGGCAGAUCUUCGAUGGAGGCACCUCCAUCUCCACGGUCCCCCGGAUUUGCGCCCCCGGGAAGUUUCCUAGAGGACCUGGACGUGUACGACUCUAUGUCGUCGCUGAAGGACAAAGCCAAGCCCAAUGGUGAUAGCAGCGAGCCGGCAUCCAGCGUCGCUGAUCACGGCUCCCACGACACUCCCCUCGGAAGCACCGACAUGGAGCCUUCACUGUCGGGCACACAGACGCCUACCGGCUCCCAACGCGCCGCACCGCUCGGUGAGGGCGGCCACACGCAGGGCUCCAGCUUCCAAAGCUUCAACGCGUACCGUGCCCAGCCGCUGGAGCAUUUGGUGGAAGAGACGGACGAGGAUGGCGAUGAUUCGCGCGAUCGACUCGGGCAUGACACGGAGGACAGUGAAACCGACGAGACCGACGAGGACAACGAUGAGCCGAUCGAAUUCGAGUCGGGUCUUUCCGGUCGCUUCUGA